GUGAAAAUCCUUGAUGGAAUUUCGGCUGGGAGAGGCCUGGCAGACGGGUCCUUGCUCGAAUGGCCUUGUGAUAAAUAUAUCAUGCCAGUGAGAACGAACAAGAUGACUGACCGGGACGGCUGAUUAAGUUUCGAAUAACAUCAACAACAACAGCAACAAAAACAAGAAAAUUUUCACGUAAAUUUUGAGGAAAACGGAAGUUGACGUCUGUAACAGCACUGUGUGUAUAUUGAUGGUGUGGCAAGCUUAAUCGUAAACUUCAGACUGCAAUAACUAAUUAGGUAAUCGACGGAUAGAGUUUUGUUUGAAUGGACUUAUGUGAUAGCAACUCCGAUGGCAUAACUGUGAGGUGAAUGUUCGACGCGAAGAGAAAACUUAUUGGAAAUUACAGAAAAGUGAAUCCAGAUGUAAUGUAGGCAGUUUUAAAUUGUUGAAUAGUGAAAUAAACAUAAUCAUACUGUAACCAAGGGGUUGUUUUGCGAAGCAAGAAACAAAAUUUGCUAAAGUUGUACGCAAAGUAUGAGGAAAAUGUUGUCACAAAGCAUCUAUUGCGUGAAGCUAUCUUUUCUGCUGUGCCUAGCUGUGAUAAGUCCAGUGUACGGAAUCUUCGAUCGAUUGGUAGUGCAAACCAGCAGUGGACCGAUACGAGGACGAUCUACAAUGGUACAAAGCCGGGAGGUGCACGUGUUUAAUGGUGUUCCGUAUGCGAAACCUCCAGUCGAUAGUUUACGUUUCCGCAAACCCAUUCCGGCCGAACCGUGGCAUGGUGUACUUGAUGCCACAAGGUUACCUCCAUCGUGCAUCCAGGAACGGUACGAAUAUUUUCCUGGAUUCGCAGGAGAGGAGAUGUGGAAUCCAAACACGAAUGUAUCGGAAGAUUGUCUGUAUCUGAAUAUUUGGGUACCAACAAAAACUCGUUUGCGCCAUGGACGUGGCCUAAAUUUUGGAAACAACGAUUACUUUCAGGAUGAUGAUGAUUUCCAGCGCCAACACCAGUCCAAGGGUGGUCUUGCAAUGUUGGUGUGGAUAUAUGGCGGUGGUUUCAUGAGCGGAACCUCAACGCUGGAUGUGUAUAAUGCCGAAAUCCUGGCAGCGGUCGGAAACGUGAUUGUGGCUUCCAUGCAGUACAGAGUGGGUGCAUUUGGGUUUUUCUAUCUGUCGCCAUACCUAAAUGGACAUGAAGAUGAAGCACCGGGUAAUGUAGGAUUAUGGGAUCAAGCUUUGGCCAUUCGGUGGUUGAAAGAAAAUGCCAAAGCAUUUGGAGGGGAUCCUGACUUAAUCACUCUAUUUGGAGAAUCCGCAGGCGGUAGCUCGGUUAGUCUACAUUUGUUAUCGCCUGUCACGAGAGGAUUAUCACAUCGAGGCAUUUUACAAUCUGGCACCCUCAAUGCACCCUGGAGUCACAUGACUGCUGAGAAAGCACUCUCGGUGGCGGAAGCUCUAAUUGAUGACUGCAAUUGCAACAUAACCUUAUUAAAGGACUCGCCAAGUUCGGUGAUGCAAUGUAUGCGGAAUGUUGACGCCAAAACUAUCUCUGUGCAACAAUGGAACUCAUACUCGGGGAUUUUGGGAUUCCCUUCGGCGCCAACUAUCGAUGGCGUCUUUAUGACUGCCGAUCCCAUGACAAUGCUGCACGAAGCAAAUCUGGAGGGAAUCAAUAUUCUGGUCGGAAGCAAUCGCGAUGAAGGCACAUACUUUUUGCUCUACGACUUCAUCGAUUAUUUCGAGAAAGAUGCCGCCACAUCUCUGCCGAGGGAUAAAUUUCUAGAAAUAAUGAACACUGUCUUCAGCAAGGCUUCCGAACCAGAACGCGAGGCGAUCAUUUUCCAGUACACCGGGUGGGAGAGUGGCAACGACGGCUAUCAGAAUCAGCAACAAGUUGGACGGGCGGUGGGUGACCAUUUCUUCAUCUGUCCUACCAAUGAAUUCGCUCUCGGUCUACAGGAGCGCGGUGCUACGGUACAUUACUACUACUUCACCCACCGUACGAGUACCUCCUUGUGGGGUGAAUGGAUGGGCGUUCUGCACGGGGAUGAAGUUGAAUAUGUUUUUGGCCAACCUAUGAACACAUCCCUGCAGUACCGGCAACGAGAACGAGAUUUGAGUAGACGAAUGGUGCUAUCAGUCAGUGAAUUUGCACGAUCUGGAAACCCUGCUCUCGAAGGCGAGCAUUGGCCUCUGUACACCAAGGAGAACCCCAUUUACUUCAUAUUUAACGCGGAAGGUGAAGACGAUUUGCGCGGAGAGAAAUACGGACGAGGGCCAAUGGCGACGGCUUGCGCCUUCUGGAAUGAUUUCUUGCCGCGACUGAGAGCAUGGUCAAUUCCACCAAAGACGUCCUGUAAUCUGUUGGAGCAAUUCUCGGCAGCGAGUCCACUUUUCGGCAGCAACUUAAUCUGCUUGGAUAUUAAAGUCAUAACGGUGCUUAUGGUUUUCAUACUGGUGAGAUACUUCUAAAUACAUCCAUAGAGCAGAAGAAGAAGCUGGAGCCAUUCCACGUCAAGUGUUUCUUAAGCUAAGAAGUAUACAAUACUCAUGAGUAGUUUCUUCAGUAUUCUCAAUGACGCAACAUGAUACGACUUACCGAGAGGACAAUGAAGAUUGAACAACCAAUCGUAAAACUGCAUAUACACGGAAAAGAAGAGAAUGUUGGAGUUUCAAGGUGUAAAACGCGGUGUGUUUGGCAUUUUAUGCGAAUUUGGAAGAUUGACUAUAACCGAUCGAAUCGAGUUGAUGAUCUCGAGCUUGACUGGUGAAGCGCAGGCGCUUUUGUCACCAUCAUUUUGUUAACACACCCACACACACACACAUGCAUACACGCAUUGCACGCCCAAAGGCGCAGACAAAAGUUAUUUGUAAGAUAUUUGUAAAACUGGGAAGUAGUAUAUGAAGACACUGUAAGCUGAAUAUGAUAUUGUGUUUCAUACCCAAAGGCCCAUUAGCGCGUAAUUGGAUCUAGAUCGAUACUUGUUAGAUGUGCUGUUAUUUUAUAUGCUUCGUGGGAAUUACAAGUAAAUUUUGUUUUCUUUUAUUGAGCUUGUAGCUAGUUGUGUUUUUUUUAAAGUGAACAUCACCUAUUAUUAAUCGAAGGGAGGCAUUUAGAGAAGUAUAUAUAUAUGAAGUAUUUAUAUAUCCAUAUUAUAGACAGGUAUAUAAAUAUAUAAAUGUGCAUAUUAAUGGUUUACAGUUUUGUUUAUAUUAUAGCUAAGUUAAGCUUGGUUUACCACACUUUUUAUAAUGACUGACGUUGUUAAGAUUAGGUUUGCAAACUAGGCGAGUGUUCUGUUCAAAAUACGAUAUAAGUACACAAAGUUUAAUACUAUAAUAGCUAUGAAGGGUAUUUAGUAAGUAAAAUCAACAAGUUUUUCCGAAAGACCUAACAAAAUGCACCUUGUUUAACCCUUCAGUGCAUACGAUGUGAAACAACGCAUAUCUAAAACAAAUACAUAUCAGAUAGAACGAAACAAAUAAAAAAAUGACUGCACGCUUCUUUUGUGUGUCGUAAAAUUUACGAACAAUUUAAACGUAGAGAUUGACUAAUGGAAUGCUAACAUCAGAGAACUUUUUGAUGCCAUAACCCACCCUCCUUUUUAUAUACAUACCAUUUUAUACACAAACUCACUCCACCAAUUUAUAUGAAAAAACAAGAGUCGUUAGAUUUAAAAACAAAAUGUAAGUAAGUCGGCAUUCAGAACUAUUUGUAGAUUGCAAAGCAAACCCUAAGGAAUAAACUAACAGUGCAUUUGUUGUUAUUUGUGCACAGUUCCCAAAGCAGAACUUAUGAAAAUAUUGGCAGGUUUUAGGUAAGCUAAUACAUUCGAUAAUCCGAACAAAGUACACUGAAAUGAAGACAUAUCAAACAGAAAGUAUUUACUUUGUUCCAAUUGAUAAUGAAUAACACAAGUAAUAAUAUUUAUGAAGCUGCUGUGUUGGUCAAAUAAAAUAGUAAAGCUUCCUGUAUUGAUUUGCAAGAUGGUUUAUUUGUUUUACUCUAGGACUCAUUCGUUCAGUGCAGUCGAAAUAGAAAAAUUAUGGUGCACUUUUGCUAUUCUAUUUUUUUCAUCGUAGACGAAUAGAUAGUUGCAAAUAAUAUCACGCAGUAUAAUGUAUUCUCACAAAAAAAUCAAAACAAGAGAAUUGUGACAAAUAGCUACUAAUUUAAGGAAAGCGUAGUGGAAUAAGUAUGACAGUACGAAAUCUGUUCUGUGGGAAUCAAUAUCAAAUGAUAACUUAGGAAAAAAGACACACACACAACUCUUAUAUGCAUUUUAAAGACAACCCCUCUGUGGAAUAUAAGCUAAGAAACUUAUACAUAUAUAGAAAAAAAAAACAAAUGAAGUUGUAAUCGAAAUGCUUACUCCAACCACUUCCUGUUCGAAUGGAUGUUAUCCAGAGAUUUUUAGUCAAAUGGUAGAUAAGCCGAGCCUUUCCUCUUGAUAGUGUUUUUUUUAAAAAUGAUUUACUCAGCGUAUUUAAAUGACAUACACCUUUUAUAGGCACGUUGUAUACACAAAAACUAAUCGAAAGAAAAAAAAUACAAACAAUUUCUUUGAACAUAGCACAUGUUUUGAUACAUACAUAUUCUGAAUACAAGAAUAACCACCCCAUCAGCAGUAAACGUAAAUAUGAAUGAGAGCAUAAUAAUCUAGUGCAUGUAUCUAGAUAAUCAGCUGGACUGAUAAUACAAAAGUAGAAAUACAACAAAACAGUAACGCAAACGCAAUUCUAUGUACAUGGAUUGGUUUGGAUAGGAACAACAAUCAAAUUAUUGCGAAUAGAACGAAGCUUUAUUUAGAUUAUAUGGUUAGUUGUGGAUACUGAUCUUAAGUUACUUCACUGCUUCAGAAGUAUUAAAUGUAUAGGGAAUGCGUUUCAGAGGCCAACUUAGAAAGCUACAUCUACGGCAGUUCACGACGGUUCAAAACUGAUAUGCAAAGAAUCGGUUUUGUCUCUAUAAGAGCAAACAAAAAAAAGUAACAAACUUUCAUCCGAAUGUAUGCUUUAGAAAUUAAAAAAUUCUGUUCAAGAGAGCUUUUAUUUACAUCAAAGAAAUAUUGUAUAGAUAUUAACGAUAUGUCUCACGUACACUUGUUGAUGUUCUAUAGUCUAUAUAUAAUGCAUGGCCAGUGUACAAUGGUAGAUGAUAGGAUGUGUAGGGAGCUUCUAUGCAAAUCAAUUGUUGUAAAUGCACUAAACGAAUUGGAAUUCGAACGUUCAAAAUUUUUGAACGAUCAGAAAAUGGAGUUGAAUUUGCACUCCUCCAUGUUGAAGUAAUGCUCUAAAGACUAUACGUAAACAUGCUUGAGGAGUAUUGUUUUCCAAUCCUAAAUUUAUUGUUCCCCAACUUGAAUCAUUGUCCAUUCCAGGGCUCUGGCAACACUAUCCCAACCAACACAAAUUGAGCUUAGUAGCCUAGGCUCGCGCUCAGCAAAUAUGUUCAGUAUUUGCAAUGGACUAUAGCCAAUGAUUCUGUUGGAUAGCUUCCUUUGGGAAACGAUGUUUGGAUAUUCAUCGGAAAGCUUUAUUGGCGAUUUGUAAUUAAAAUCACUGUUGCAGGAUCAUACAAAGCAAUUCAUUUUCAAUUUUAGGUUAUGAUUUAUUUGCUUAUGAUUUUCUAUUUCCACACGAUUACGGUAUAUGGUCACCACUUGUCACCACGUGGGCUUCUCGAUUUCAUGAUUUUAUCUGUAGGAACAAGCGAUGACAAUUAACAGAGCCCUGGUGAAGUUUAGAGUCCUAGAGCCUCUUUUUAGAUUAAAACCGCAAAAAAUUGAUAGGCGACUCUUGAGACAUACGACUUCCAAAUGCAUCGAGCUCUACAUAUCCACAGAAAAAAGCUAAGGUUGGAUUAUAGCUAAGAUAUAACCGCAAGGGUGACGUAGGACUACCAUUGGCUUAGUAAUCAUUUGAGUGUAUAGAUUAAACCAGUGAUUGACUGUAACUAUUUCCGAAUUCAAUUUCGAACAAAUCCUAAUUUAAGUCAAUUCAUGCAUCGUGAUAGAUUACGUUCUUCGUUGGAAGUCUGACGUAUGGCAUGAUGCCUUGCUCCUAUCAUUUAUUUAUCGUGGACUUCCAAAAUAAGUGAACGGUAGAAUGGCUAAACAAUCAAUGUACUUUACAUUUCCCUCUGAAGUUAUUGAUCUUCCAAGUGUACAUACUUCUGAUUUUGACACUGAACGCAUAUUGUUCAAUCGUAUACCGUUUUGCAAAUUGCAGCAAAGCAUUUUGCCAAACGGUAUACGUAGAAGAUCAGUGAGCUGAAGUCAGGAAGGGAUAUCUUCCAAAGCAGUCUUGAAUAACCGAGCCAAAGGGUUGUGUUCAUACCGCUUUUGAAGUCCGCACACAUUCCGGAUCGCAAAAAUGCAUGCGAAUACAAAAUUAUCCGCACCUUGCAUCUGUUUUCAAUGCCGAUUUUCUCUGGCUCAUUGGUUUUGAAAUCUGUGUUAGGAAAACACACAGAUUCCAGCGAUCGUACUUUAAUCGCUGCGUAAGCAUAACUGAGUGGAUACCCGAUCGGCAUUCGUUUAUAUACAGAUUCGUGUGAUUUUGAUAGCCUGUUUUCAAAGCAAUUUUUAAGCUAUCGAAACUAGUUUUCGGAUCAAUAAUUAACAAUAAUAUAGCUCUUAGACAUUUUUGUCUUUCGAAUGAAGUGAUUAUCUUACAACUCCGUUCAGUCGGUUUUGAACGUUAAUACCUCACGUUCAAAACCUUGCACUCCAAGCGUCACGCUCUCGUUUUCGAAACUUUGGAUAUACACCCGGCACAGAAAUGAAAGACACAGUUCUACGUUAAAAUGUGUCAAUUUCUAGAAGUAACCUCUUGAUGGUUGUAGGAGCAAGCACAGGAGGCAAUAUAUGUUUUUUUCGAUAAAUUCAAUCUCGUCUGAAUAAUUUGUCGAUCGUGUCAGUUGAAAACGAAUUAUCAAAGGCGAUCGAUUUUGAAGAUGUUGUUAAUCAUCCGUACUCUGAAAUCCAAUCGAAUCAUAAUCUCAAUUUUGCAUUUCUGAAAUUUGAUCGAGUCAAAUCCUAUCCGGUUGAGCGAGUGUAACAACAUUGCCACGCCAUUCGACAUUGACGACAACUACUUCGUGUUCUGUUUGUGUGAAACGAAAAUGGUAGUGGAUUUUCUGGUGGAAUAAGGAACUUUUGAUGUUGGAAAAAUCUUGAACAACAAUUGUAUACGAUGCAUGUUGAUUUUAGUUAGUUAGGUAAGGGUCUAGACUAUCGUUUUUAAGUAUUUAAAUAACAUUAAGUUAUCAUUUUCAUUUGCAUUUCAAACUGCUUUCGAGCCUGCCAAUUUGAGAAUAAUUUGCAUGUGUCGAUUGGAUUAGAUUUGAACGAAUGUUCUGAAUAAAAAUAUCGAUCUUGCUUCAAUCAAUGUCCGAAGAGUACAUUUCUGAUAUGUUUGUAAUGGAUUUUGAUGAAGUGUAUUUUUUAACCAUGAAUUUGUUUUUCUUUCGUUUUUUGAGUUUUUUUUGUAUAAUCACAAAACGAAAAAAAAUCUCAAAGGGAGAGGUGUGUAUAUAAUGCAGCAAGAGUAACUUACAAUACAAAUUAGAUUCCGAGAGUGAUGAACUCAUUUCAUCCAUUAUUCCCGAUUCCACAUCUUUUUACCCUUCGCGGUCGGAAUCAAUUUCCCUUAAAAGAGAUCCUCUUAUCUUUCCACGCUAAGAAUAUUUUGUUUAUACCGAGUGCCGUUACCCAUUAUUCAUAGAACUCCGUAUAAAUUCGUGAAAAAGUUGACUAGACAUUAAAAUUCGUUUUGAAAAAAUGUAAACUAUUACAUAGUUGAAUAAAGUAUUCAGUAUGGAUUCCUUGUUGUGGUGGCUGAGAGUAGACACACGACCGCAAUGGGUCAAACUAGCGGAUAACGGCUGCGGCUUUCCACUCCACUCCUUUUCCGCUGACAUAUCCGUGAAAGCAGAGUUUUUAAUUCUUGCUACCACCACUCCUGAAUAAGUAUCUGACGAUGACUUGUAGAAAAAACUGGAAUCGUCUGCUUGAUAUCUUAUUGGUCGAACCGCAGACGAAUUAACAAACUAGCUGACCCGGCGAACUUCAUCCCACCCACAAUUGAUAUGUUGAUAUAAAUCAUUUCGAACACUCAAGUUUCCACAGGAAUUAUUUUUAUGUACAUAAUCUAUACUUGCAGUAUGAAUUUUUAUUUGACAUAUAAACCUGAAGCGGACUAAGACGCAUCAACCCUGAUACUGACUGUUUAAAUCCGUUGCUCCGUUCUUGAGUUAAACCGCGAGGAACGGACACCAAAUCAUUUUUAUUAAUAUGAAUCAAUUUUAUAAACACAUAGUUACAUUCACUUUAUUUAUUUGAAACUCAUUGUUGAAAAAAAAAACAAUAUGUAUUUGAAGUUCAUUGUGAAAACAUAAACAUAAAUGAAACAUAACCGUUAUUGAAUUGAAUACAUGGUGAAAAUAAAAAAAAAUAUUCGAAAUUCAUUUUGAGAUAUUUUGAAGCAAUUGUUUAAUUUUCUUCCUUAUCUUGGAUUUCAGUUCUGAGGAUUCCGACGCUUUGCCUUGGAGCGCUGUUCCUUCGUUGCGCUGUUGUGGGGUUCGAAGAGACAGACGGUGGUUCCUCAUGAAGCUAAAAUCCCAAUCACUUUCUGCCAGUUCUGCAACUUGGUUGAAUUCGUGCUGGAGUUUGUUGGCUUCCGCAAAAUCAAACGCCAGACGACGUAAAUCUUUGAGAGUCAUACCGUAGAAAGCUGUGUCCAGUGCUCUGCAGUGGUCCGCCAGAUCUUCAGACUGCUCACUCGUAAACACUUGUCUAAACCGCCAUGGGUGCUCGUUGGCACAUCCCAGCAGAAGUAGAAAUGUCAAUAAAAGAAAAUUAAAAUCAUAAAUCACUCACUGAUGUAAUCCUCUCCCUCAGAGCUGAUUCAGAAAUAUCGAGGUCUGCCGCAAUCCGACGCUUCGAGACUCCCUCCCGAAGCCUCUGUCGGGCCAUUUGAGCAUUUCUGGAGUGCAUUUCUUCAAAUGAAUUUUCUCGUUCUCUUGUGGUUUCUUGUGGGGCCCAUUAAAAAUUUGGUUGAAAACAUUUUAUAAUUUUUUUUCAGAGCAAAACUCUGGUGCAAACUUUUGCCCCACAGCCACUGCGCACCUUUGCCCCACAAGCAAUUUUUGAACUAAUCGAAUUUUUAAAAAAAUGCUCUUGAACUUUUUCACAAAAACGAAUACGCACUAUCAUCUACUAUAGAAUGAAGGUUUCGUUGACAGUGUAGUUUCGAACUUUCCAGUUAUUUCAGGUAAGUUAAUCGUCAUCUCCAAAACUGAAAAAAAUAGAUGAAAACAUCGCAAAACUAUUUUUACCUCAUAAUUUUGUGCCACUUUCAUGAAAUGUAUCUUGUUUAUAUGUGUGAGCUGCUGGUGUAAUAAUGUAUCAAACGAAUAUACCUUUGUCGAAAUUUUAUGCUCGUUUGCUUUAAAAAGGCCAAUGCGCACUUUUGCCCCGUGUGCACCUUUGCCCCGCACUACUCUAUGGUUUAGUCCUUUGUUCCAUGCCACCCGUACACUGCAACAAUUAGUAAUGAGGGUUGCAAUCUACAGAACUGAGUGGGCUUCUUGCGAAAGGUGGUUUUGAACAUCGGAAGGGCAUCCAAUCAACUAUCAGUGCUGCAGGUUUGUCAUCGGACGAGGUUAGGUAAUCUUCGAUUACAUAUGACGACAAUGAAACAUUGAUAGCUCUCUGUGGAAUGAGCGUGGACGACUUUCAGCCAAUAGCUGAUGGAAGCGAAGAAUCAAAAGGUUAUUGAACUUUUAAGGUGAAUGGUUUGUUCCAAGUUCCAAUAUGGAAAAGAACGACAUAAGAUAAUCAUUGCUGUUGCAAGAGCUCUGAUAUGACCCAGCAUCACAUAUAUCCACAAGAUUUUUUUUAUAAAUGCAUUCAGCCCCAGAACUUUGAGCUUUAUGUGCCUCGCCUCUCUAGUCAGUUGGUCCAGCUUCCAUGUUCCAAUUCGUGUCCGUUGUUUCAUGCUAAAAGUCGUUGCCGUUCAAUCAGUCCGUAUUCAGUCCAAGUAAAAAGGGCUUCCGUAAUAGUUUGUUAAUUUCGGGUACAGUGAAUUUAUAAGGCCAAGCACCUAUUCCUCCGCGAUGGGUUUGCCAUCUUAGCUAUAGUUUCGAGGAAAAAAAUCGCGUCUGUCUGGCAUCCAGGGGCUGAAUACGAAAUGAUUGUAUGCGAUGUAGAGACAGCUGUUCGCUUUAGUUUGCCUGAAUCUGAAGUCCACAAUGAAGCUGUGGAAUCGCUUAUUCUAUUCCUGUGGAGGCGAUCUGGAGUAGUGGUAACAUCCAUACCUCUUACGCUGAAGGUCAUGAGCUCAAUUCUCUAUCCCGACAUUCUUCCGAAAUGGGAGGUAAAAGUGAUGAACCAGCCAAAAGUGUUGAUAGUCGCUAUAAUACAGAAAAAGAAAUCCCGGGAGGCUUAUUUGAGACCAAAUAAAGAUUCCUACAACGCAGCCACUGAACCUCUUCAGACAGGAACCGCAGGUAGUUGUCUCGACUCAAGGGUUCCUUCAGUAACAGUCAUACUAAACAGGUUUAGCUCAAGCUUUUCCAAGCUCCAGUGAAACGGUGCGCCACUCGACCAGAGCCUACAAUCUCGACCUAUCGAAUUGACACACUUUGUGUUAUCUUUUCUGAUACUCCGGGCGUUUCUUGGACAAGAACUAAUACUUUCUUCAGUUUUCGGAAGGUCGUACCAGUUUAAAACAUGAUGACCACAGAAAACAAACAGCCGAAGAUAAGGCUGUAAGAUUGGAAGCAAUCUGACCUUGCAUAUGCAGCCUUAUUCUGUAUUUCGAAACCGUUAUUUUGUUCGAGUUAUAAUUUCGCAUUCCCUUUUUGGAAUGUUUGGAAUGGCCAUUUUCCCCUAUAUAUUGAUGUCCAUUUAGUGUUCGAAGAGAAACAGAUCAAACGAAAUGCAAAAACAACUCGAACGGAAUGCAGAAUAGAACUUUAUCAAGUCGAUGAUAAUCUUCUGUGUUUGGUAUUCUUGAAAUAUUUCCACUUUUCAUCCUCAGUUACGUUGCGAUUUUUUUUUGUACAUUGCAAGCAAACUUUCGCCGAUCCUUUUCUUUUUUUCUCAUUGUCUGUCGGUCAAAAAUCAAUCUUAAGGAUCAUUACCAUGGCUUUCAAAUGUCGGGAAAUGGUUUAUUGGUCAACGUUUAAUGUUGUUGUUGAGUUUACAAUAAAGAUUUCAAUUCGGCGCCUUCAAAUACUUUUUUUGGUUUUCCACGUCCCUCGUUCCUUAUAACAAAAUUAUCAAUUUUAAACCUCGUCCUUAAACGUAAACAAUGAUGUCGGUUGAGAACUGUCAGAGCGAUUCAAUAAUUCCAUUUCCAGGUCAAGAUGGCGCUCUCUGUAUUAUAUCUCAACAAACUUGAACAAAGAAGCAACAUCUUCGCGUUAACCCGGCGAUAUAAUUUGAAUUUCUAGAAGUGAUUCGUUUAGAGAUUAAGCAGAUUGAUUCCCGUCUAUGGAUAAGAUAUUGUUGACCAGAACUUUUGACGAACACUGCAUGGAUGUCUUCAAAGUUGUGUUUUUGCAAUAGUGGUGGGUCACAAACUUAUUCUGUUUGGGUGUCCACACAAGGUGUCAUCUAAUGCUCCCCAUAAUUGUGAGCGACAGUAGUCUCAUCUUCUGUCCUUCGCCUUAAUCCCGCUUGCAUUUGAUCCCAUUCCAUCCGUAAAUUUUCGAGACCCUUUCAUGAAAGGCCAUAUUCUAGAAAUUCUUUAUGAUCUUAUAUCCUUUUCUUGGAGGUUUCUACUUUCCCCGAUAUUAGAAAAUGUGAUAGAAUGUAUUUUCGAGCUAUCCUACUCAGUGACUUGGGAAGAAACCUUUGUCGAGCACAGUUUUUGCUUAUCCAAAGGAUUCUGUGAGUACAACAGCGGAGGAAACAGACUGCUUUUGUAAAAUCGUUGGACAAUCGAAUGGAAACACCUUCGAUAUCGCUGAAUGUAGUGACUUCGUAUCGAAGGGAGUUUUUUAAGUCUAUUUCGUCAGCCUUUGGAGUAAAGAUUAUUAUUUCACGUAUCUCAUGAAUCAUUCGAAGAUAGAAUUUGUGAUCUCAGUGUUACUAUCAAUUCCGCUAUUACUACUUCAAUCGAUUUUUGCACAAAUACAGUUUGGAUUACAUUACAGGUAUACUUUCCUGGUGAAAACAUUUUUAUUAAAAAAAAACUCAUAAAAGACGAAUUUAUUGACAUGUUAUCAAAAUUAUCUAUUUAGCUCCAGAAAAGAUAAUUUGACGAUAACAUGUUCUUGAAAGUCCGUUGAAUACUAUAAUCACCAGAUAUUUCAUUAUUGUUCUACUAUGGGUUCUACCAAGGUUCGAAUUGAGUUCUAAAAUCUAAUGUGUGAGGAAACCAAAAUUGUUCUCUUUUGCACAUCGUUAAAUUUAAUAUCAUGAUAUUGAACAAACCAUUACUUCAAACAUGGGGAAAUGCACACAAUAUCGCACUGAAAAGAAACACUAACAAAAAUUUCAUUUCAAGAGAAGAACGUUUUGAAGGAAGCUAUUUCGAUUUUUUUUCCUGAAGCAUUACUGAAUGCAACAAAAUUUGAAAUGUAGACACAUAGGCACCGUAAACUAAUGUCAAUUCUAUGUAAUGAAGUACUAAGCUACAGUAACAAUAAAUAGCAUUAAAACCAAAAAAAAAACCCACACAUACUUUUAGAGCUGAUAUUUUGUAUGACAAAUAUAGUGCGACGCUUUAUAGAAGACACUUUACUGAAAAAGUUAGCUACAUACCCUACUUCUAGAAUAACAUAUAUCGUAUAUAUAUUUUAGUGCUGACAAAAAAGUCUGUAGAGCAAAGAAUUGAGAUUAAAAGUAUAAUUGUGAUGCAUUAUUAUGGACAACAAAAAAGUUGAAACGGAAAACGAUAUCGCAUUAACACUCUGAAACCAAAAAAAAAAGUUUAUCUUGCGAAAAGAAGACAUUAGCACAUUGUAGCGAUACCAGCCAAUUAAGAAUAUUUGGGAUCUGUUUUUACUUCAGUUUUGCUGGUAAUGGAACAUGAUAGAUAUAUAAACAUGAUUGCAACGUAGAAAGAGUGUGUGAAUUCUUAAUGAAUAAUCUAAAUGAAAACAUGUAGUUGACAUGUAAUAUAAUCUACAAAACAAACAAAAAAAUGGUUUUAAAAACAGCCGAAUAUAGAUCAAUAAGCCUGUUAAUGUGCUUUACUCUCGGUAAAUUGGAAAUGCAUAAAAACGGUUCACGAACAAAUGAGAACAUUAGGUUAUCGAUGGAACAUUAUUCCAAAUGGUAGAAUUUAGAACAACACAUAACAAUGAUGCUUAUGAGACUUUACAAACACCUUAUAGGCUAUCCUUUUAUAAACUAAUGUAUAAAACGAUGAAUGCAACUACACACAGAUGAGGUGGAAGUUUACAAUUGACCCGAAGUAAACAAAAAAUACACAAAAUGUCCGAGUACUAACUUUUGUUUUAUUAUUUUUGGUGCUAACCUAAAUUUAGAAGGGUUUUUUUUCAAGAUAAAAUAUGUGCUCAAUAAUCCGAGAAAAAAAAACAUCUAAAUUCUUCUACAUCACAACGGAACGAAGGUAGAGGGCGCUUACACUUGUGACGCAAAGAAAUAUGUGUUCAAUCAAACCAUAAUGGUAUUCGAAAAUGUUUAUCAAAGCCGAAAAAUGGGCGAAUUUGGUGAGCUUCGGGAAAGUACAGUAUUAUUAACAGGACUUUUCAUCUUUUCACGCUUGGUCGUGUGCAUUUUAGUUUGCCAAAAAAAAAAUCAGCAUUUUUCGGAUCUGCUCAUUGCAGGCAGAAAUGAAACAGUUUUGCAUCCCCUCCCCUAGGAGCAUCGAUUCGUCCAAACGGCUCACGGAUGUUGAUACACCCUCUGUAACAAACGGCUUUAAUUGUGAAAUGUAUCAGCACGCGUCAGAAGGUGAUUGAAAUAUUUCUGAAAUGCUACCCAACUCGAGCGUUUCAGCGAAAGCUCAAUCGUACACUGAAAUGAAAAAUAAACUAGUCUUGCCGCACUGGAAUGUAUACUGCAUUUCGAUGCAAAUUAACAUAGCACUUAGCGAAAUAUCAUGACACUUUUCAUAUCCGCGAAUAUAGCAAAAAAAGGCAGCGCCCGAAAUAUUUAGAGAAAUUUCAGCUAGGGUUUCCUGCCUGCCACUGGAAUUUGUCAGCCAUCGGUCGCUGUAUCAAAUAUUAAAUAUCUCGCGGAAAUGUAAUGUCGUCAGAUGAAGGACUGCUAUGCACACCCAUAUGUGUGUACUAAAUAUAUAUAUUUUUAGACAGAACACUGUGUAUGUCACAUCGAGUUGCAGAUAAGUAUUACAAAUACAAGAGCAAAAAGUUUGUACCCAGACACAUAUCAGAAACUAGGAGAAAAAUAAAUAUCUACUCUAUAUUUAUACAUAAACAUGUAUUUUGUAGUCUAAAUUAUUGAAGCAAAAUAUAAACAAUCUUGUACGGCAAAAGUAUGAAGAAGUAUUUUAUAAAGAAAUUAAAAACAAACAAACAAAAGAGUAAGAUAAGUAACAAAUAUAUAUAUAUAUGAAUGAACGAAAGAAGGUAAUGGAGAAAUAUACCCUCACAUCCGUGGAUUGCUAUGGGCCAGACAAAGCAAAUACAUACAUAUCAAACAAAAGAUUAUAUUUCACUAACUAAAAGAAAACAAGCAAACAUACAAAUGCAACAAAAAAAACAGUAUGAACAGUUUUAAACCAUGCGAAAAAACAGUUCUUCAUAUGUACAUGUUGUUUUCCAGCAUAAAGAAACAAAACUAUCAAGUUAGAAAAAUGGCUUAUAAAUAUAAGGUGACAACAUUUGUUACAAUAAGCAUCGUACAGUGACUAUGAAA